AUGAUCGGUCUGCACUUCCGAACCGAAGACGGACGUCUACUGGCAGAUGUGCACAACUUCUUGGAGCGUUUCGAGAGCUACGCCCUGCAGCGGUCCAUGGGCCAGCAGCUCUACGAAUAUGCGUUUCCCUGCACUUUCCUGGUUCCGUUCCUCGCUGAGCCUCUGGCCGUGAUCUUUGCCUUUUCGCGGAUCUUUAUGCUUUUGAUCCGCAGCCACCCGGAGGUAAAGCCUUGGGUGAGCCGCAGUUGGUUGGCGGCCCUGGACCUGGAGCUGGGCCGCUAUGCAGACUGCUUGGUGAACGUCUUUCUGGCCGUCCUGGUGUUUUUCUUUCCCGGUGGCUACACCCACUGGGUCUUUGCAUUGCUGGCCAUAUGCCAUGCCUACAUCUAUGUCUACGACCAUUAUAGAGUCCUUCGUGUGGUACCUCGCGUUGUGAUCCACUCUAUGAGCGUCGACUUCUGCGCUCAGGUUCUUCUGGCACCGGCUUGUGGGAUUUUGCUGGUUUGUCUGAUCUUCAAAGGCAACUGCAGCAAGAACGCGCUGUAUUGCGUGGAGGCCGAGCCGCUCCUUUGGCUCUGCCUGGGAGCCUUCCUGUUGCACUGUGCCGUCCAUGCUCUCAUCAUCUGCUUCGUGGUGCCGUGCUGGGUUGGGCGGACUCGCAGCAAAGAGAAGGUUUAUCGAAAAGACGCCAAGUCAUUCAAGGAUGUGGCGGCGGAAGAGCCCUGCAGCUGGUUCACGGCAAAUCCAAUCCACUGCUUGCGGUCCAGUUUCGUCUACCACAACUCCCCUCCUUGCAGCUUCUACACCCCCGGGAUGGAGCACACCAUGCAGGUGAACGAAAGCAUCGGUUGCCACUUCACGGAGGUGGACGAGACGGUGGAAGACGUGCACAGCUAUUUGCAGUUGCCACGCCUGCCAACUCUACGUGAUUUGAAGCAUAUCCUGGACAACGAAGAGGAUGAUGGCGCAACGGGGGACACAGGCUGCACAGCACACAGGGGCUGUUGCACGUGGCGGAGGCAAGCAGAGGGCAGGAUCAUUAAAGACAUGAUGCAGCCGAAAAGGGCGCAGCGAAUGGCGGAGUUUGAUUUGCCAUGCACCCGGCCGAUGAAUCAGAUUCGUGGCUUCGAGAGCGAAACCAAGGAGACACAGCGAGCUGCGCGUACGCGUGACGCACUUCGUCAGCUGGGUGCCAAGAAGGAUCUCUUGAACUUGGAUUCCUACUUGCUCGACAGGCCAGAAGCGGUGAACAUGCCGGUCCUGUUCGACCAGGGCUCCCUCCUGCACGUUGCGGCCAUGCGUGGUCACCAGGAUAUGGUUCAGAUGUUGAUCCAUCAGCGGGGCGCAGAUGUUGAAAGAACGAACUACGCCCAGCAGACCUCGCUACACGCUGCCUGUGAUGGCAACCACGCGAACAUCGUGGUGGAUCUUCUCGCAGCCGGAGCUGAUGCAGACAAGCGCGAUGCACUGCGGCAGACGCCGCUGCACCGUGCAGCGCACGUCGGUGCCGUGGACUGUCUCCUGGCGCUUCUGGAAUAUGGGGCCAACGCGAAGCUCAGAGACGAUGGGGGGCUACUCCCGGUUCACACCGCGGCUUUCCGCGGCAGAGACGAAGUUUUGCGGGUGCUCAUCUCCCAGGAACCAACUUCUGCCAAUGCCGAAGCUGCGGAUGGAUGGACCCCCCUGCAUUUUGCCAGUCACGGGGGCCAUGUUGCGGCCACGGAGGCACUCCUGGAGUGCGGAGCCUAUGCCCACUCUGUCGACAAGGACAAGCGCACCGCUCUGCACUGCGCGGCCGCUUCUGGCUCUGAGGCCACCUGCCAGGCCUUGCUGCGCGCAGGUGCAGACCUCGAGUGCAUGGACCAACACAAGAAAUUGCCCAUCCACGUUGCCUGCGAGGAAGGCUGUAUCCAAGUCGUCCGCUUCCUCCUUGAUGCUGGCAGCCCGUUCGACACGUUGGAUUGCCAGCGAAGGACGCCGCUUUUGAUCGCCACACGGGCCGGCAACCUGGAGCUUUGCGAGGUUCUCCUCAGUGCCGGUGCCGACCCCAACACCGGCGACAUGGCACGGGGAAUCCCCAGUGCACUGGCGCUGGCUCGGAGAGGUACGAACCCGGCCCUGCGCGGCCUCAUUGAGGAGUACGCUCGUGCUGCUGCUGCUGCAUCAGCUGCCAUGCCUUUGGCUGAUGCUGACAAGUCACCGCCGGCGGGCAACGAGUCCAAGUCAACUCUGCCAGAGGCAUGA